AUGGAUUCCACAACCCAAACUCCGACCGUCGCAGCCAGCUCCACCGCUGCCUCCUCGUGUAUCUCCGACCCACCUCUGCCACCCACCCCACUCCAGCUCCUCGACGUUAGCCUGAUAUCUGCUCAAGACCUGUCUCCCGUCUGCAAAUCGAUGCGCACGUAUGCCGUGGCAUGGAUCAAUCCUAACCGAAAGCUCACCACCAGAACGGAUCAGCAGGGCCACACUCACCCCACAUGGAAUGAAAAGUUUUCGUUUCGUGUCGACACCAAAUCCCUCAUCUCGGAAAAUUCGGCUAUGACUGUGGAGAUUUACACGGUCUCCUGGUUCCGGGACGUCCUUGUAGGGACCGUGCGGGUUCUCAUCAGUGACCUCCUGGCUCCACCAUCGGGAAUUCCACUGCAGAACCUUCCUAGGAGCACGAGAUUCAUUGCCCUCCAGGUGCGUCGCCCGUCAGGAGCCCCACAAGGCAUCCUCAACAUGGGAGUAUCCCUCCUCGACACCACCAUGAGAAGCAUGCCGCUCAAUCCUAUCGCCGACAAUUUCCAUGAUGAAAUCCAGAAAAAAGCGGGUGCUGUCAGCCUGCAGCAGGAGCUGCCGCAGUACGACGAAGAUGGAGAAGACGAAAAGAAAGAACUCGAAAGAAAAAUCCAGCUCUGGCGCUCGCUGAGCGUAGGAUCCGAGAUGAACACCGAUGACUUCGCACUAAAACCAGGAUCAGUAAUCGAUGGCUCGAUCAUCAAUGGAUCACUGCCCCCACCGCUGCCGGUGAAGCCCGCAACCCAGAUAAGAUUAGAAAUAAAUGACGACACAAGCAGCUCAAUCCUGGAGGAGCUGACGAUUGAGGAAGCCAAGGCCAAAGGGUACAGAACUAGAACCAGUAGAGAAAGGUGGAGAAGGGAGGUUUCUGAUGGGCAUACUGACCUGGAAAGUUGCGAUGAUGAUUCGGAGUUGUCGACGAAUAAAAGGCAUUCCAGGAGGAACUCUGACGGGGGCCUGUUUUCUUGUUUGGUCUAUGGAAUCGAGUUCACAAUAGUUUGCGGGGCAAGUAAACAUCCAAGUAGUGGUAAUAAACCGAGUAAUAGCACGAGUAAAAGAAAGAACAAGCCCACUACUGAUGCAAAUUCCACUAAUUAA